GCCCUUAUUCAGCAGAAUGUGCAAUGGAAUGAAGAUAUAGGUGAGUGGCAACUGAAAUGCGUAGCGUACACAGGAAACAAUAUGCGAAAACCAGAAAAGAAAGCUCCAGAACCGCCUAUUGAUCUUUCCAAUGUGUAUCUAUCUUAUCGCACGGACGAGAGAGGAAAUUCUGCGUCUAGGAAGUCUCAAAAAACCAACAGCCGAAUAAAAUCAGCUAACAAGAAAACAGGGUGGCAACCAGUCGAAUGA